AAUAAGUAGGGGAGAUAUGUACAGAGAUUUAGAAUUGUUUCCAGUUCAAAUUUGAGCGUUAAAUUGUGUUCGGCUUUUGACAAUUUUUCCUGUUUACGCUAGUUAAUAUAAUGUCUAAUAACAAAUCUACACUCCACAAGAUGAUAUAUUAUAGUAAUUUCGUUGUUACGUUUAUUAUACUUACAAUCAUAAUAAUUCUACUUAUUUACUAUAUGCAAAUUUAAUACAGAAAAUGUUGGCCUUAGAGCGCAUACCCGAUCAAACUGGAUACUUGGUAUUAACAGAGGAUGGUGCUGUAUUAACGUCUGGAGGAGAUUUGGAAAAUGAUGAGAGAAUAGCAAAUAUCAUUAGUAGUUUGGUUACAUUGACGAGUAAGGUUGAUCCCAAGGCAUUUCCUUUGAACAAUGCCUUUGAAAAAAUAUCUAUCAACUAUAAAGAUCAUUGCUACGUUGUAUGUCUUUCCAAUAAGAAGAUUUAUGUGGUGAAAAGGAAUUUACCAUCUCCGACUACAGCAAACGUGGAACCGCAGUCUAUCAUUGAAAUGUGAAUAAAAGUAAUGCAUACAAAACAAAUAAAUCUAUUCUGUAAACUUUAGUAUAUCUGACAUAUACAAGUUCAAUUUCUUCAACUAUUCUAAGAGGUUUAUUCAUCGUUAUGUAUUUAUAUAGAAAUAUAUGUCAUUUUAAAGAAUAAAGUUAGUGCAAUGUAUCGCAUAGUUUUAGGAAAGGUUAAAUGUCUUUGUGUUAUAUAUUCAAUGUAAUGAUUUCUUUCAAUUAUUAAUGUAAAAUAUUCUUCCAAUGUAUGACUUUAUGAAAAUUAUGGCUAUUACCAUUUUUGAAAUAUAUUUUUUAUCAAAAUA